AUGACACCGUUCUCGAAACCUCUAUCUUCCUGGAGGUUCGGCCGAGAGAGAGAGGAUAAAAAGAAUACCACCGCACCAAAUGGAUCACAGGCAGCCCAAGACAAAAAUAGUUCGAAUUCAGGAAUGGUUCCUCCUGCAGUUCCAGAACCAGUAGCUUACACCACUGAAUCAAGUGAUCAUAAUCGAACGGACCUGAUGCGUUUGGAAUGGGAUAAUAUAGAUUUUAUGUUACGCAAACAGAAUCGAUAUCCCCUCUUUCUGCUGACGGUCAACGCUACAUCUUCUCGUUCUGAAUAUGUCCCUUAUGUUCUUACCGACUUCCGAGAGCAGACACUGGAGGGAAACACAAAGAAAAUUUACAGCGGAAAAGCGUACAUGUACGUCACGACAAACCUCAAAGCUUGGAAGCUACCAAUGGUUAUCGAAAACGUCGACCUAUGCAAUCCGCAUCUCAUUUCAGGCCCUAAAUCUGCAGUGAAGAUGUCCAGGCGAAUUUUGAUCGGCUCUCUCUCUCCGUCCAUGCUUGAGGGUACCGCUAAUGGAAAGUUUUCGAAGUUCGAGAUCAAGCUGGCACAGGCAAUUCGACCGUGGGGCCUUGCAAAGAACCCGAUAGUGGCCUACUACGAUAAUGAAACAAAGGAUUAUGUAGCUCAGAAAAAAAUCGGGACAUCGAAGAAUGUUCGUCUUGAAUAUUUCCGUCGAUGCAACUUCUCUCCAUCUUCGGUUACAGUGACAGUGACUAGUAAUACGCUGCAAGUCAUAAAGAAAUUGAUUCCCCAUUUGGGGAAAAACAACAUCAAACUAAUUCGCAAUGUAUCGUAA